CCAAUGAAUGUGCAGUUAGCGGCAAUGGCCUACCUUAUAUUAUGUUACUUCCUUGUAAAGGGCGUGUGCCAUUGAAAUGUUCAUAUAAACGGUUUGAUUGUUUACGAUUUGGAAGCUAGCGUGUUUGCCUUUUUUUUGUAACCUUGUAGCAUUCAUAUUCAGGGUGGUGCAACUGUGCCGCAGCUGGGACACGAUGAACUACGGCAGGAAGACUCCCACCAGCAUGGGCACGCCCUCGGUGUACUCGCACAUGACGAUGCGCUCGUCUGCCAACCUCAAGUCCUCCCGCUCUAUGAAGUCGGUGGUGAUACCGUGGUACCAGAAGCCCAUCCUGCAGGACGCCUUCUUCCUGGACAUCCAGCGAGGCGCCCUGGUGACGGCCUUCUACUCCGUGUUCCUGGGCUUGUUCACGUUCGCCACGGCAGUGUUUGACAUCUACUGCCUGGCACAAGCCACGCCUGGCUCCACACACUACGGCUACUACAUCAUAAGCUUCGAGUUCGUCUACGUGGGCAGCCUGCACGUGCGAAACACGCUUAUAAUGAUAGCGUUAUUCUCCCUGAUUGGAGGGAUUGCAGUCUUUGUCACCGGCAUCAUCCUUGCUAUCGCACUUCGGCAGGAACACGAACGCAAGAUGCUGCCGUGGAUCUACAUCUUCGCGGUGUUCACCCUGUUCCGCCUGUUUGCGUUUGUGUUUGCCUCCAUCGUGAACGACAUGAUCUUCGGCUACAACGUGGCCAUGUGCCUGCUGUGGAUGGUGUUCACGGUGGCCAGCGCGUACGGCUGGCUGCUGGUGUACUCCCUGUACCUCGAGCUGUCCGACCUCACCAAGCUGGAGGACCUGGCCCACCUGCGGGUGAGUCCCGCUCACUACCCCACUACUUACAUCACAUAUAAGAGAGAGCAGGAAUCAGCUCGAAAGAGAAUGCAAAGUGCUACGGACUUUUCUCCGAUACCAAAAAUUACUUUAAUUUGCAAAUUACACCACAGUAAAAGCUAGAGGUCUGCGAGCCUAAGAAAUUUACUUCAAGCUCGAGCUCGAGAUUUUGUGGUACAGUUGCACUUUAUGGAAGUUUUUUUUUAUCUUAAACUUAGAAUAAUGUUUGAAUAAAGUGUUGAUAUGAAGUGGGCUUAUUAAUUUGGUAAAUAUUUACAGAGUGCAUUUACAUUUUGCACUGCUAAAAAAAAAAAGUUUUGCCAUUGAAUCUUACCUGUUUCCAUUGGUUCAUCACUUGCAAAAAAAAAAACAUACAAAUAAUAGACCUACAAGGAAAUUUAGUCUUUUUCAGUAUCCUGAACGUUGAAAUAUGUUUACUCAUGUCAUCAAAUGUAGAGAUGUACCGAUACGAAUCGGUAGAAGCCGAUUUUGCCGAUAUUUAGUUGCAUAGGCAUUUCUGCCGAUUUUUGAUACGCUUGUUAAUUUUUGGCUUAUAUUACUGAAAAACGAAAGAGUCUGCCAUAACCUAAAAAUCCACGAGUACCCUUUUCACUUUUCAUAGUAGUACUGCAUUCUUUCAACUCGCAAUAUUUUUUAGCUACAUGUGCCAACCGUACAUAUCAAAAUAAACAUUUUUUUUGUCAAUAAUGUUCUUUAAUUUUAAUACGUCAUAAAAAAAUACAUUACCAUUACGGUAAAUAUACAUCUUGGUUGUUAUGAUAAUUAUAGUGCAAAUGUGGUAGCUAUCAUGCUUCUGUAGUAAUUAUGGUAUCUACAAAGAAUUUUUAGUUCUUUUUAUGGUAAUUAUCUUAAGAUAACUAUCGGGUUUUUACUUUAGGUAUAGUACAUCUUCCAUAUUUCUUCGUAAGGUGGUGUUCAUUUGUCUUUUCUUCACAUUUACGUACGCCAUUACUAUUUGUGACGGGAACGUUUGGAAAAAUUUUUAACUGGACUUAGUAUCACACAGUUAAUGACGUAAAUGACGAGACCCCGGACAAUUUAAACUAUUUAUACGAAAAAAACUUACAAUGCAGGACCGUUGUAAGUUUUACUGUAUUUUUUUUUUUCGUAAAUAGUAAAACACCGUCACAAUGCUUUCCGGCCAAAUAACCUGCUGCUGUUGAAGCUCGAAAUUUUUGAGCCUAACAAUUUUUUCGAGACGAGCUAGAGCUUGAAGUAUAUAGACUCGGCUCGAGCUCGAUUUUCGAGUACAUAUUCGCAGACCUCUACUAAAAGCACAUCCCUGCAAUAGGGGAAGAACGACACCAAUCCUGAUUGAUAUUUGUAAUCAACCAAAAGCGAAAUGUGUCUAGCCCGGUGCAGGCAACUCGCCACAUGUUUCAAGUAACGAACAGGCUAGGUAAACGUGGUUCCAUCACAAAAUUAAAGGGCCUGCCGUAGACUUGAACAUCUUUAAAUAUCCAGGAACAAAUCUUAUUGCAAAAAAACGAACGACCCAAACAUAACAACCUGAUCACAGCCCUGACAAACGCGGCACAGCCACGAGAAAUGGCUUCCAUGCGGGAGCAUUAAACUCUCUUAAGUAACAUCUUCAACAAAAUAUAAUACGGUGGUGCACCAAAAGGAAUUUAAAAUACAUAUUUUUUAAUUGCAAAUAACUUUGUCAACACUGAUUUUCGUGUACUAUUAAACAAUGCAUGAUGACGUUCAAAUUGUCAUUUAAAAGAAAGGACUUAAUGAAUUACAGCCAAAUGUUUACAUUGCUAAUGCUCAUUAGUGCCACACUUCUGACCUAGCAUGGGAUGUUAUAGAACUAACACAGGUGAUGAAUACUUGUGUGCUUGUUUGUUGCCCGCUGCAGAUGGGCACGAUGCAGUCGCUGAACGCAUCGACCACGCACUCGAUCGCCGGCUCGCGCCCCACCACGCCCCACAGCACCGUGUCGACCGCCCCGGCCUAGCGGCACGGCCCACUGCAGUCAUGGCGUGCUGGAGCACAGACACUUAGAGUCCAUGUGCUGCCUGCAGUUCAGAGGCUUGAGGGAAUCAUGUUUGUACAACCAUUCCUGAUUUCAGAGCAAAUUUUUUUUUUUUUUUUUUUUUUUAGUUGUCACUAACCAGCCCCCCCCCCUCUUUUUUUUAAAUUUUUUUUAUUAACUUUCCUGUAUUUUAUAUUAUUUUUGUAUUGUACACUUUUCUGCGUUUCACUGUUUUCUCCUCAUCUCUUAAGAUAUGUCAAAACGGUUUUCUUUGUACUUUAAACAUUUUUGUGUGGAAGAUGUCCUGGUAAAAAUUUCAGCAAAAGCUAUUGGUUGCAACAAAUGAAGCGACUAUUUGUGACAGUUGACCGCAAACUACAUUAAUUCGGUGGCUGCGGCAUGUAUUGAACAAUUGUAAUUGUUUGUAUCAUGUUGGAGCGGUGACACUGUUUCGUAGUUGUAGCGGACGUAUGUACGGGUUGAGGUAUUCUGCACUUGUCCGUCAGUUUGGAAACAACUCCAGGGAGUGUUUCUGCAUUCAGGCUGGCAGCCGUCAGGAAUAGUUGUUCUGCUCUUGAGUAGAUUUAGAAUCUACAGUAGACAUGAUAUUUAAGGCCUGGCUUCACUGAUUUGAAUUUUUCUUCUGCUAAUUUAUCAUACUAUGUAUUAUGAAGAAAAAGUUACUACCACUAUGUCACUAUUCUAGCAAAAAGGCAAGUAUUCAUAACUAAAAUUCUUUUUUACAAAUAGUAGUGAAUGUGUAGUAAAUAUCUAUCAACAAAAUUGGGUUCAGGACACAAAUUGUAAAGAUUAACAAAAGAACUAAUUCGUUACUGGUGAAGACAGUCCUUAUGUAAAUACUUCUGUGUCUCAUUAGAAAUAUGGACUAAGUAAUAAUAAGUAAUAUGGACUAAUUAAUAGACUGUAGUAAUAAUGUCAUUGUGAGCAGCUUUUUAAAUUAAAUGUAUUUCUUUGCUUUUUGUUAAAGGAAUUUCACAAUGUUUACUGAUGGGGAGGUUAUUUCCAAUGUAGAGUAAGUUCGUUGGAUCAGAUUGUUUACAUUUUGUAUGGGAAAAUAGGUUAGUUUCCCAGCUCUGUGAGGGACCACUCCAAACUGUAGCGCGACUGUUCUGUAGCUCAUUAGUUGUUCUUCGGCGUUUUCACUAACAUGUUAGUGUCGUUACUGAUUUUCUUUUGUGCAAUGGUAUUUAUUUGUCACAUUUAAACAUUACUAAAAUAAUUAGUUUUGCUGUGUUGAAUUGUAGGUCUCAAUUAGUUUUUAUUAUAUAAAUUUUUUUUACUGAUUUUUUUAUGCAAUGUUUGUUUUAUGAUUCUCAUUGUGUUGCAUCCAGACAUGCAUUAAAAUAAAGAAUAGAAUUGUUAUGUAAUGGUUACAUUCUCUUAUUCCGUCCAAAGUCUCGUGAAUAUCGAGAGACUUGCUGUACCAGACUGUUAGUGUGUAAUCUAAGAUAGUGCAUGGUGAAAUGACAAUGCAAAGGUAGCUUAGGCCUCAUCUGUCUCACGUGAUUGUUCACGUUGUUGUUUGGAUGUUUUUUUUUUAAUAAUAAACAAUAAGCUAAUGACCAACCAAAGUAGGUAAACAUGCUCAUGUAUAUUUUAUGUAGUUGUGUAUUUUGAAGUUUUACAAAUAAAUUUUCUUAUUUAUUUAAUUUU